AUGAUAUCGUUUUGUCCAUUAUGUAAUAACAUGUUAUUGAUUGCUACAUCACAGACGGAGAAUGUUUAUACAUUAACAUGCAAAUCAUGUCCCUACGAGUUCCCCAUCCAAGGAAUUGAGAUCUUUGAUCGCAAGAAGCUGCCAAGAAAAGAGGUUGAUGAUGUGUUAGGUGGAGGAUGGGAUAAUGUUGAUCAAACAAAAGUGCAAUGUCCGAACUAUGAUAAUUGUGGGGGUGAGAGUGCAUAUUUCUUUCAAUUACAAAUCAGAUCUGCUGAUGAACCGAUGACUACAUUUUACAAGUGUGUGAAUUGUGGUAAUAGAUGGAAAGAAAAUUGA